GCCCCUCAUCCCGGCAUUCCCUGCGCCCGCUCGCCACGGCUCGGCUCGGCUGCGGCUCUGCGGCUGCACUCGCGCCAUGGCUGCCUACAGCAAAUAUCUCACCGUGCGCCAUUCCGCCAUUGUCGGCGGCACGGCCGCCGCCUGCGCGCUGCUCUGCCUGCUCAACAAGCGGCGGGCCGCGGCCCAGCACGGUAGAAGAAGUGGAAAACAAGCCUUGCAGAGCAAUGAGAAAGAGGGAAAGAAGGAGCGAGCGAUGGUGGACAGGUUGUUUAUUGCAAGGAUAUGUCGAAUCCUGAAAAUAAUGGUCCCUAGAGCACUUUGUAAGGAGACAGGUUAUUUGCUACUUAUUGCUGUAAUGCUGGUACUCCGCACAUAUUGUGAUAUUUGGAUGAUUCAAAAUGGAACAGUCAUUGAAAGUGCUAUCAUUGGUCGCAGCAGAAAAGAUUUCAAGAAAUACUUGCUGAACUUCAUUGCCGCAAUGCCUGCCAUCUCUUUAGUAAAUAACUUCUUGAAAUAUGGUCUAAAUGAAUUGAAACUCUGCUUCCGAGUAAGGCUCACCAGAUACCUCUAUGAGGAAUAUCUCAAGGCUUAUACAUACUACAAAAUGGGAAAUCUGGACAACAGAAUAGCUAACCCAGAUCAACUCCUUACACAGGAUGUGGAAAAAUUCUGUAACAGUGUAGUGGACCUGUACUCAAACCUUAGCAAGCCCUUCUUGGAUAUAGUUUUGUAUAUCUUCAAGCUAACAAGUGCAAUAGGAGCUCAGGGUCCAGCUAGCAUGAUGGCAUACUUGAUUGUGUCAGGGUUUUUCCUUACACGUUUAAGGAGACCAAUUGGCAAGAUGACUAUCGUAGAACAAAAAUAUGAAGGGGAGUACAGAUACGUCAACUCACGGCUUAUUACAAACAGUGAAGAAAUUGCUUUCUAUAAUGGAAAUUUGAGAGAAAAACAGACUAUUCACAGAACCUUCCGUAAACUGGUGGAACACUUACAUAACUUCAUCCUGUUCCGGUUCUCUAUGGGUUUCAUUGAUACUAUCAUUGCCAAAUAUCUUGCCACUGUGGUUGGUUACCUGGUUGUUAGUCGUCCAUUUUUGAACCUGGCUGAUCCUCGUCAUCAGAAUAGUACCCAUGCAGAACUUCUAGAGGAUUACUACCAAAGUGGAAGAAUGUUACUGAGAAUGUCUCAAGCUUUGGGUAGAAUAGUCCUAGCAGGUCGUGAAAUGACGAGAUUGGCUGGUUUCACAGCUCGGAUUACGGAAUUAAUGCAGGUUCUGAAGGAUUUGAAUAGUGGCAAAUAUCAACGUACCAUGGUAUCGCAGGAAAAAGAUGCAGAUAUGAAACAAGCUGUACCUUUGAUACCGGGAUCUGGCGAAAUUAUCAACACCGAUAACCUUAUCAAGUUUGAUCAUGUUCCAUUGGUGACACCUAAUGGUGAUGUUUUGAUCCAAGACCUGAACUUUGAGGUUCGAUCUGGUACAAAUGUUCUGGUUUGUGGGCCAAAUGGAUGUGGGAAGAGCUCACUUUUUCGUGUUCUUGGUGAAUUGUGGCCAUUGUUUGGUGGACGUUUAACAAAACCUGUAAGAGGAAAGUUGUUCUAUGUUCCUCAGAGACCAUAUAUGACUCUUGGAACACUCAGAGAUCAAGUUAUAUACCCAGAUACUUUAGAAGAUCAGCGAAAGAAAGGGAUUUCUGACCAGGUGCUGAAGGAGUACUUGGAUAAUGUCCAGCUGGGUCAAAUCUUGGAGCGUGAAGGAGGCUGGGACAGUGUUCAGGACUGGAUGGAUGUGCUCAGUGGAGGAGAAAAGCAGAGAAUGGCUAUGGCAAGACUAUUUUAUCAUAAGCCCCAGUUUGCAAUUCUGGAUGAAUGCACCAGUGCUGUUAGUGUUGAUGUAGAAGGCUACAUUUACAGCCACUGCCGAAAGGUUGGCAUUACUCUCUUCACUGUAUCCCACCGGAAGUCACUCUGGAAGCAUCAUGAUUUUUACUUGCGCAUGGAUGGCAGAGGAAACUAUGAAUUCAAGAAGAUAACUGAAGACACAGUUGAAUUUGGAUCUUAAAGCUCAUAAACUGAACUGCUACAGAGACUGAUUACUGGAAAUGUGUAGAAUGGCAAACCUUGUACAGUAAAUUUACUCAGCUUGUUUUUAAACAAAUUAACUAGGAUAACUUAAAACAAGCUCUUAAGCGUUUACUAUUAUGUAGGAUAUUGCUAAUUGUGUAUAUGUUGGUUUAAUUAUUAAUAUGUACUAAGAAUGUCUUUAUUCUUGUGGUUUAAAAACCUGCCUAAAUUAAAUUGGGCUUAAAUCAGUGUAACCUGAUUCAUCCUGGGAUGCAAACCAUUUGAAAUCAGCUGAUUUGACUUUUGUAGACUUUCUUUCCCUUCAGUGAAAAGCCCUGUUAAAAUUAGGGUUGCUACCUCUUUCUUGUUCCUGCAAAGCAGUCUUGGAUAUUUUGCUCUGUUCUAUGCAUUUUUCUGAGUUAUCUCAAACAAUGCAGGACAUUAUCCCAUCUUCAGAUCUAUGCUCUGCUUGGUUCAGAAAGAGCCUUUUCCUUCACCAAGCCUUGUGAUGUAGCCAAUACACUUUUGCUGAUGAAGAAUGGACUGAACCUGAAAGAUGAAACUAAUUCCUUCUGCUAAGAAAAUUAAGCCAGUGCUGUGCUGGGUUUUGGGUUUUCUUUUGAUCUUUGUCUGUCCAUGCUGUCAUCUGCUGCUCACUAAUCUCAUUCUCUUCUGAUUUAUUAAGACCUCUUCUAUAGCUCCACCUUUUCUGUCAAUGAAACCCUAUGGUAACAAAGAGUUGAGAGGAAAUUGAGGGUGGAAAGGGUUAAUCAAUCAGAAGGGGAAAAGAAAAAUGAUGUUCCAGCUAUCUGAGAAAGCAAAUAGUUCUCACAAAGUGUAGGAGCAAUCAUUCUUCUCUUGAAAUUGGUAGAAGUUAGAAAAGACUCAGAUCAUUCUCUGGAAGAUAACUUUAACAGGCUGUUCUGUGUCCUGUGUGUGUGUUCAGUUUUGUGAUGCAGCAGCUACUUUUCCUUUUCUUUCUCUUAAAAAAAAAAAAAAAAAAAUCAUAUCUCCUUGUGGUUUUGGCUGCUUUACAGAUACAAAUUUGAAAGUAAGUGAUAAUGGUACUUGAUAGAUUUUUCUAGUCUGUGAAGCCUAAAAUAAUGCUUUCACCCUUCAAAUUUUUCUCUAAUUUCGGUUGCGAAGUUUCUUGAUUCCUGAUUUAAAAAGUAAAAAUAAAAAAUUUACCAGCAGUUCUCAGUGCUGUCUGAGUACAGCUAGUCCCUGCUGGUUUUAUUAUUCUGGCUGCCAAAUCCCUUGAUGAAUUCAAACUCUUAAAUUGUUUACUGUAACCAUUUUUCCCCCAUACAAAUGAUGACUCUGGUGGCCAUGAGAUUUUGACAAACAUAAAUGCAGCAAGGUGAAUUUUGUCAUCAGAGAGUAGGAAGGUAUAACUCAAACUGAAUUCCUGUUUAAGCUUUAAAACAAAAAAUUGCAAUACCUGUUCUACACUGAAGGUCUAGUAAUUCCUUACUGUUCCACAUAAGAAAUAAUAUAGGAAUGCAUUAUGUGAAGGCAUGCAUAAAAUAUGCAAUAAAUCUGCUCUGUGCAUCUUUUAUCACAGAUUUAGGUUUAAAAAAUGUCUUUUCAUCAAAUGGGAAUGAAUUUGGAUGUUCUGCUUUAUGUUGAUUUCCUUAUUUCAUCAUCUUUCAUGUUGAGAUGGCUACCUGUUAGUAUUUUCCUUUGAUCAUAGUUCUUGCCCUUAACUUUCCCUGCUAGUACUCUUUGAUAGUAUUCAAAUGCAAACAGCUAUCCUAGUCUAAGAAUCCACUGAUCACAGUAGAUUUGUGGUAGGAUGCAUCGAGGAAAGUCAAAGUGUGUCACAUUCAGGAGCAUAAGGUGCCAGAACAAAUUUUUAUGCUCAUUCCACAAAUAGAAAACAAAUAGACAAAUCUCAUGUUACUAAUUUUCUAUUCACUCAGAUUUGUGUAUCAGCCUAAUUUGUACUGUAGCAGGUAGCAGCAUGCAUUAAGUGAGGUUGUAAUAUUUUUUUUUUUGACUGAAACUGUGAAAAUAUGAAUGCCAGAUAGCUAUUGUUGUGAAAAUUGUCAGCACAAAUGCAACAGCUUCUCUUGGAAGGGUUGUUAUACCAGCCCCUUUGUGUAACAUGAAGCAAAAAAAAAAAAAAAAAUCAAUUAAAA